AUGAAAAGCUCUGGCAGGAGCAAGGAGGGAUGGACAGAGUACAAGGUGCCCACAGCCGAGAAGACCAAGCCAGGCUUUGGAACCCUGAAUUGGCAGAGGAUGAAGCCAUCUUCCCUCCAUGACAUUCGCAGGAGCCCUGGAACAGUGGUAGAGAGGCCAGUUAAGGGCCUGAAGGUUCGUGGGCCGGGGACGGUGGAAGCCUUCCCCGGGGGCUCCCGGAUGCAAGCCCCCCGCCAGGGAACUGCGAGCGGGACUUUGGCGGCCCGUUUCCCCCAAGCAGCCGCGGAGGGAAGAGCAGCAGAGGGUCAGUGUGGGGUGGGGGGUCGGGGCGGGCGCGACGAAGGGGCAGGACGGGCUCGGGAAGGGCAAACCGACGGAGGCGGGGGCCGCGGGGCAGCCUUCGGAGCCGGGGACGCCGCCCGCCUGCCGGCCUCGGGACGUCGGGGAGCGGAGGCGAGCGGGGGCCGCGCACACCCCGCCGGGGCUCGGGCUCCGCUCCGGCCUCCCCCCCCCGCCCCCCCGGCCGGCCCCAGAGGCGCGGGGAGCGAGCGCGGCGCCCACCCCAGCCCCGCCAUCGCGCCGAGCCGGAGCCUGCGGCCAGUGCGGCUAAGCCCCCUCGCGGGCUCCCGGACCCGCGCUGGGGUCGCGGAGGCCAGCCCUGGUCCGUGCCCGUCCUGGCGGGGGGCCGGAGGGGCGAGGGGCGCGACACGCCGGGCUCAGGCGGCUCCCGGGGGCGCCCGCAGAGAAGGGUUUGCCUCCCGCACCCGCAGCCCCCCCUCCCCCCGCUUGCCGCCGCAGCCCCCUCGCGGGCUCCCGGACCCGCGCUGGGGUCGCGGAGGCCAGCCCUGGUCCGUGCCCGUCCUGUGGCGGGGGGAGGGGGGCGCGCGGAAGUUUGAGGGGCGUGGAGGGGGGGAGGCGGGCAUCGGGCCGGCGCUGCAGCCCAGCCCAGUGGCCGGAACUCCGCCGCACUCAGCCAGCCCCCAGACUCGUCCUCCCUCCCUCUGCGCCCCCUGCUCUCCCCAGCUCUCUCCUGGGAUGCAGCACACGAAGGCAGCAUCCAGCCCGAGCCGGGAAGCGGGUGCGGGGAGGCGGGAGCAGCGGCGGUCGGGGGAGGGGUCUCCCGGCUCCCGGGAAAUUCUCUCGCCAACCUGGGCUCGCCAGAACCCCCUUUCCUUCCGAAAAGCCGGCGUGCUGCAAGGUUUGGGGGCGGGGGGAGGGGAAGGGAUCUGCAUCAGCCGAGCCCUGCCCCCUCCUCUUCCCCCCCCCCCCCAUCUCGGUCCCGUCCCGCUUGGGGACUCCCCCCCACUGGCUCCCUCCGCAGCGACUGGAAGCUCUCGGUCCCGUCCUCCCCAAAGGGGAGAGGCAGAGGGGGGAGGGGAGGGAGCGAUUGCGCUCGGGGAAGUCCUUGCGCUCCUCGUGGAGUUCCCUUCCCCAUCCCCUGGGCUCCCGCCGGUCACCGCUCCAAGGUCAUAGCUUUGACCCCUUCCGUUUUCCUGCUGUGAAGUUUGCGUUCUCUGGAGGGCGGGCGAGGGAGGAGAACUCCCAGAAGAGGAAAGUCUCUCCGCCCAUGCUGGCGGCCCCGCUUCGGAAACUUAUUGUCUCAGUUGUGCGAGGGAGGCAGCCCUCGGCUGAUUUAUGUCCCGAGCACGUGUGGAACCCAGGUUUUCCGAGCUCCGAGGAGAGCCCCGCUGGCUUCCAUAUACCGCCCCCCCCCCCACCAGAUCACCCGAGGAUCCUGGGGAUGCACCCUGGGGUGAGGAGGUCGCAAGGUCGAAGGAGUUCUAGGGAGGCUGGUCCUGGCUUAAAAAAGAAAAAGAGGAAAAAAGGCAUAUGUUCACUGAGGGAGAUAGAGAGCCCGAGCUAGAAGGACUUGGGAAACCAUGUAGCUAUUGUACGGAUGGGGAAACUGAGGUUAGACAAAUGCGGGACUCACCCGGGGAGCACGUGGGCCAGAGGGACUAUCAACCCCAAAGCGUUUGAUGCCGGUUAGUAAUUAACCAUUUGGCCCCCUUUGGGGGCGGGGGCUGGCGAACCACCCAAAGGCAAUGGAAGGGGAGGAUGUGGCCAAGAUUCCAGAUAACGGUGUUAAAAACGGAAGCCCAGGGGGCUUCAAAACAAACAAACAAACAACCCCCCCCCCCACGCUCUGCAGAGUGCUCCCCAGGUCUGAGCGAAAAUCUGCACUGGUUCUCAUGGGGCCCUGGGUAUGGGCUGUCUGGGAGGAGGGACGCAGCCACUAGGAGCCCAGGACAGGGAGCUGGGCGUGGGCCCUCUCAGGGCCCGAGCACUUUGGGUAAGUUACCUCUCCAAGCCUUGGGUCCAGCAUCCUGGAGAAGGGGGGGCUUGGAGUACAUAACUCCAGCCCCACCUCUG